AUGAUAAACCCGAUCCCAGCGCCAACCGUGGUGGCCCCGUCUCGCUGGAACUCGGCGUUGUCGUAUUCGGCCCUCCAUGCGGCUGACGUGAACGGCGACCAUUCAGUCACUGCCGCGGAAGUCCGGGCGAUGGGCCUUGCGCGCCAACUCGCCGACUCCCCUCCUCCUCUCGCCGAGACUAUACCGCCGUCACAGCCUUCCGCUGCUCGUUCGUCCCAAAAAGGGCGAUACGCUCCAUGGUUGAAAAAAGCGCUCGGGAAAAUGCAUCACGCGGAGGCGUUGUGGCAAAAACACCGCCCCGACACGGCGCAGCCACCGAAAGCCCCCCAACUCCAUUCGGUGCACUUGGCAAAGAAAGGAUCGCAAACCAAGUCGAUCCUCCACCGCGUCGUCGUUCCCUCGAUUCCCGCCGUCGACGCAGAGCCUUCGCUCGCAGAGCCCGUGACGACGAUCUGGACGGCGGCCCGAGACGGCAACGUGGCCGAAGUCCGCCGCCUCCUCGACGCCGACAAAAUGAAAGUGUUUAGCCACAACGAAAUGGACGGCGGCAAAACGAUCCUCCACAUCGCUUGCUGGCACGGCCACGUCCAAGUGGUCAUGUUCGUCACCAUGUUUGUGCAAGCCACCUAUGGCCUCGACGCGCUCUCAACGUACGUAAACGCGAUCGACACGGCGUACAUGCGAAGCACGGCGCUGCUCGACACGUGUCGGUCGCUCAAAGGCGACGUGAAUGCCAAGCUCCAGAUCCUCAAGCUGCUCGUCCAGUUUGGUGCGACCGUCGAGCACCAGGACGCGCACGGAGACAACGCGCUGCACUGGAGCGCGCGGAUGCAAGCCGUCCCAACUGUUCGUUAUCUCAUCCAAGACACCGAUGCCGCCGUGUACGCGUUCAUUUCGGAGAACCAUAAGCGGCAAAAGCCGCUGGACGUGGCCAAGCUCGCGCGAGACGCCAAGCCAUGCAUGGCGACCAAUGCCAUCUACGACCUCCUGCGCCGCGUGUACAAGGACUGCAACAUCCGGCUCAAGAUUCAAUACGGGAAGAAGCUGCGGCUCCAGGCCGAAGCGGAAAGUCGGAUGCGGCGCAUGGAAGAUGUCGCGCAUGCCGUCGACGUGGCGCGCGUCCUCUGUCUUGGCGCGGACCAAAUGUGGACGACUGCCAUGGACACUGCCGAGACGGUGCGCAACGACCUGGAAGCCAAAGUGCUCGACGAAGGCGGAAAGGAAGCCGUGGGGAGGGCGCAGCUAUGGCUCGAGACCAAGGAGGGCAAGGCGUGGAUCAAAAACGAGCAGCCCGAGGCGGUCGACGCGAUCAAGACCCUUGUGCAGAAAGGAAUGAUUCCAAAACCACGCGACCUGAAGAAAGCCGCGGUCGUCCGUCUCUGCGAAAGCUACGUCGCGCAUCAGGAAGCCGACAUGCGAGACCUCAUCAAGAAGAAGUUUGGUCGGGACCACCCGUCGUUUGAGUCGCGGGACGUCGAGUACUACAAGCGCUUGGUCCAUGCCGUGGCACGAUAA